AUGCUUUCAGUCGCAAGCCGCCCCUCGUGCUCUUUGCACGAUGCCUCAAUGAAGAAGCAGUUGCCAUCCGUGACUCGGCGACAGCGCAAGAGUAAAAGCUCCGCCAGGAGAAAGAGUACGGUCAUGGUGUGGUUUUGUGAUUUCACGACUGGUUGGACGGGGCAGAUACAGGAUCUUUAUACCUGGUCUGAAGAUGCGGCUCUGCCGAGUCCAGCUCCAACAGAGCCUCAACUUCUCCAGCCCCCUGCUCUGACAAAGGGCAAACCAGCCAACCUCUUCACACCACUGGAGCCCUACCCCACUCGUGACACCCUUGGAAGUCUUGAUGGACUGCUGUCCUCCCCUAAGUCGGAGCAUGUCACUCCGCAGAGCCUCAAUUGGCACAGGAGCGCACAGAGGGAUUCUCUGGUCUCACCCACCAUCAAGCGUCGAAUAGAUCUCGGCUUGUCAUCUUCGUCUCCUGAUCAAGUGGAUAUCAUCGACCUAUCCACUAGCCCCCUUUCCUUGGUCGAGCAGUGCGAGGUAUCACGCUCAUUCGUGCCACCAGAUGGCAUCACCCAAACCCAGCAAAAUGGUCUCAAUCGCUACUCGGACCGCAACGCAGACGAAAAGGAGCAGUGGUAUGUGAUCUGGGACUACAUAUUCCCCGAUGGCAGAACCCCACGGCCAAGCUCGCCAUACGUCAAUCAAGACCUGUCGGAAGACAUGUCCUCUUUUCGCGAAUUUUCGCACAGCGAGGGCUGGAAUACUCUGGAUGCCGACUCUGACCUACGCCAUGUUACGCUUUACCUUGAUGAAGACAUGCUGCGGGCUUGCUUUAAUAGGAUUUACGAGAAUUGGCUGGCGAAAAGGAAUGCCAACUCUCAAACAUCCGGUGAGGAAAGCCCACUUGCGCUCUCGGAUACCAGCACCCCUGACGAAAGGACACCCGCCAACGAUCCAACAGCUAUCGACCAAAUACAAGGAAACAAUUUCAUGACGCUUGGCGGAUUUGUAGCGGAUCCACAGUUGAAUGACUAUUGGCUUACCUAUCAGAUUGACGAUCAGUUCUUUCCUUCAAACGACUUUGCGGCAAAGACGAGCUUGAACCUGGUGCAGACCCUUCCAAGUGUGCCUUUGCCCCCAGCUCAUGAACUCGAGCAUGAAAAACAACAAGCCACGGUGGACCCAAUACUGAUAAGCCGCUGA